ACUCGAAUCUUGUUGCUUUCACUUGCCAGUUGCCAGUUGCCACGCUCUCGGUGGCUAUCGCAUGUUUGUCCGUCGGCUUAUUCUGGAAUCUGAAUUGUUAAAAUUUCAAAUUCAUCUAGGCAGUAGGCAUGUUGAUCGAGUAUGAAUGCAUAAGUUGUCAAAAGUGAACUUACGUUAAAAUUCUAACAACAUUUUGUUGUUAUUACAUAUUUUAUUUCGUUUUAGUCACGAAUCAAGAUUUCUAAUUAUUAUUCGUGGCACUAGUUCAACAAUACAAAUUGGCUCUCUUAAAACAUUUUUUUGAAUUAAUUUUGAUUUUACCCUCUACAUACUCAAAACCCGAAGUUAAAUGAAUAAUAUUAAGUUAGCUCUUACUAAAGCUAUCAGCCGUAGAAGCAUAUUAUAUCACUGUGAUCAGAUUUACUACAAAAAUGCAUCAAAGGGAUGUCAAUUUGGUUAUAGUAGUUUGGUACGUCCUCCAAAAGUACCACCGGCUAUUGUUGGUACAGCAGUAAGUAAAGAUGACUCCAGAGAAUUUAUGGCCGUUUUCCCAGAUGUUGUCAGAGAUCUUACUGAUACUGGACGUCAUUUGGAUAUACCCGAUGUUACUAAAUGGUUAGCGAAGGUGCUACAAUAUAAUGUGCCUGGUGGUAAGAAAAACCGUGGAAUGGCAUUAAUACUUUCUUACAGGAUGUUAAGUGACCAGGCUGAAUUAACUAAUGAGAAUAUUAGAUUGUCAUUUAUUUUAGGCUGGUGUAUUGAAAUAUUGCAGGCUUUUCUACUAGUCAUGGAUGAUAUUAUGGAUAAUGCUAUUACGAGGCGUGGACGUCCUUGUUGGUAUAGGCAUAAUGAUAUUGGUCUUGUUGCUAUAAAUGAUGGAAUCCUUCUCGAACAAGGACUUUAUCAAAUCAUUAAGAAGUAUUUUCGCGACAAGCCAUAUUAUUGUUACAUCUUAGAAUUAUUUCAUGAUGUAACUUUGAAAACAUCAUUGGGACAAUCUCUUGACAUGUUGACUGCGAAUAACUUUAAAACUAAUAAGUUAGAAAAAUUUACCAUGGAAAAUUACACAGCUAUUGUAAAAUAUAAGACUGCAUAUUAUUCUUUUUAUCUACCCGUGUGCCUGGCAAUGCAUAUGGCAAAUAUAAAUGAUCCAGAAGUUUUUAGGCAAGCCAAGACCAUAUUACUAGAAAUGGGUCAUUUUUUCCAAGUUCAAGAUGAUUUUUUGGAUUGUUACGGUGAUCCUGAAGUUAUGGGCAAAAUUGGUACAGAUAUUGAAGAUGGGAAAUGUUCAUGGCUUGUUGUAGUGGCUUUGCAAAAAAGUAAUGCUCAACAAAAACAAAUUUUAGAGGAAAACUAUGGAAUCAACGAUCCUGCUAAGAUAGCAAUUAUCAAAAACUUGUAUGAUGAAUUAAAAUUACCCAAAACAUUCCAGCUAUAUGAAGAUGAAAGUUAUAAUAUGAUAUGUACUCAUAUACAACAAGUUUCUCGUGGUUUAUCUCAAGAUUUAUUUUUUAAACUUUUGGAGAAAAUAUAUAAAAGAGUACUUUGAGGAAAUUCAGUUUGUCAUUAAAGUUGUAUUUGCACUUUUUCGAUAUUUUUGAAAAUUUUCUACUUGGGACCAUUAUUAGCAUUUCAAAAUGGUCAAUAAUUGUAGUACCUUGUAAACAAUUAUAUAUGACAUAUAUAUAUUUUUGUCCACUUGAUUAUUAUUUUUAAGCAAAUUUAUUUAUAAAUCACUAAACAUUGUUUAAUUAUAUGUAUACAGCAUAAUUUAUUAAUAAAUACUUUUAGCCAUA